AUGACAAGAAAGCAACACAUAGAGGCAUUAGACAAAAUGCUACGAGACAUCAAUGAUUCUGACGUAACCUUCGGUGGAAAGGUUGUUGUUUUCGGGGGAGAUUUUCGAAAAGUAUUGCCUGUGGUCCGUAAAGGAACUAGACAAGAGCAGGUUAAUUCCAGUCUGGUUCAUUCUUACUUGUGGCCUACAUUGACUAAGUUUCGACUAACUGAAAAUAUGCGAGCAAGACUAGAUCCAAUGUUUUCAAAUUAUGUGUUAGCAGCAGGUAAUGGAUUGCCACCCACCACAAAAGAUGAAAUCAUCAAAAUACCAAAUGGGAUGCUUGUUCCCUAUGAUGAUGACAAGACUUCAUUAGAUCACUUAAUACAAGAUGUCUUCCACAACAUUCAAGAUUAUUCAGGAAAUAUGUCAACUAUGAUGAACCGGGCCAUACUAACACCAAAGAAUAGUUUUGUCGAUGAAAUAAAUGCUUUGUUAAUACAAAGAUUUCCAGGUGAAGCCCAGCGAUAUUACAGUGUAGAUGAGACAAUAGAUAAAACUGAGCAAUCAUUUAUGGAAGAUUUCUAA